ACCACAUGUGUUAAAAUUGAAAUCGACUGAUUCUUAUUUUCUUCACCAAAAUUCUCUCUCUCUCUGUUCCGUGUUCCGCACCCAUGGCCAAGUCCUCCUCCACCACCACUCCACAAAAACCUUUCCUCAACUUAGACCCACUCUUCUUGAAAACUCCUUCUUACACUUCCCUCAAAGACGUGCUUCCUUUCUCCGCCGCUGCUUGCAACUCCCCCGCCGCGAGCCACCACCAGUACGUGUCCAUCCGCAACCGCCUCGUGAAGCAGGCCGCCUGGGCCUACCUCCAGCCCAUGUCCAUUUCCCCCAGCGGCCCAUCAGGCCCACACUUCUUCCGCCACUUCUACAACAGAUUCUCCUCCCCCACCCACAAUAACAACCCUCUCACCACAUGUCUCAGCUUUAUAUACCGAACCCUACACCGAAUACUCCACGCUAUCCCUUGCUUCCUUCAUGUAUUCGAAGAAUAGCACAAUAACACGUUUUUUUUUUUCUUUCGAAAGUAUCAUCCAAUUUGUUCUCGCAUAAAAAAAAAAUUCAGAUAAAUUGAAUCUCGAGAGUUUAUCAAGAUCAUGAAAAACCUCAAGAUUCAAUAAGUACUUAUCUCUGAAAUCAACUUAAACUCUCCUUGAGAAUGAGUCUAUUUCUUAAUAACUGGAUUAACAUGUGUUGAUAACUGCCUAGUAUUAUCCA